AGCAAUAGUAGGCUUUGAGUUAAAUUCAAUAUUUUAUAUGACAUUUAAAGUGAGUUUAAGCAAAAUUGUUUGGUAUUAAUAGCGAAAUAAUAUACGGAAAUACUUUUGCGAUGUUUCUAGACGCUUUUGGUGUACCUAAAGAGGUGACAGCCGAUAAUUUAAGAGAAUAUCCCUAUGAUUUGCACGGAACUAUGUUGUUGACCUCAUCGGACUUCGAGGUCUAUAUACCACCACGUUGGCAUGGCACGAUCUAUAGCACGGAGGAUGUAUUGGAUAGUUAUCGCCGGCGUUUUAAUCCAAACUCCACAUUGCUCACCUUUCAUGCUCUUCAACCGUACGAACCGGAGCUUAUUUGCUGCGAACGUUGUGUAUUGGAGAUAACAGCUUUACCAGCUGGUCAAUCGCUGCACAGUGAGUCUGAUGUGGUCGUUUUUCUGCUCAAGCUUACUGUCAGUGAUAAGAAUGUUCUGAUUACCAAAGAGUUGGGCAAUGAGCUUAAUUUCUUUCCACACUCUCAUCAUUAUCAUCUUCGCAUCAUCGAUGAGGGAAUCGACAUUGUCUAUGUGGAUGAUAAAAUCUAUCAUGGCACUCCCUCGAUCAACUAUCAACAUCAGCGGGUCUAUAAUAUGGUGAGCAAACUGCAGCCCUUUCAAGUGAUGAGUUUAUCGGGAAGGACACUGCCAGAUGUCCUGCGUAAUCUAUGCCGAAAGCAGCAAAACUACAAAAAGAACAAUUGAAUAAUAGUAAUAAUAGAAUUUCCAUCUGCCCCAACCCAGUUGUCUCAGUACAUUUAUUCUUAUUUAUUUGGUUAUACUAAAUAAACUUUUUCUGGCUAUAGCCAGUAUCUGAUGGAGA